AUGCGUUUUUUUUUUUGUUUAGACGUGGAAUGGGCCUCCGUGAACCUGGGCGUGUUCCUGUGCACCGAGUGCGCCUCCUACCACCGCAACAUGCGCGGGAACGUGAGCCGGGUCCAGCACGUGGCCCUCAAUCGAUGGACGGACGACGAGGUGAAACAAUUGGAGCAAGGCGGGAACACCAAGUCCAAGACCGGUUUGGAAGCCCACGUGCCGUUGUUUUACAACCGUCCCGGGCCAGAUAGUCCCAGUAUUUUGAAGGAGCAGUGGAUUCGGGCCAAGUACGAGCGGCAAGAGUUUUCGGCGCAUCCGGGCUCCCAGUCUGCCUACACGUCCACGUUGCUCGAGGGUUUCCUGUGGAAGAAGGAGAAGGAUGACGAUAGAUACUCUCCGCAAUUGUUCCGGCUUUCCGAGCUGGAGGACUCGCUGAAAUACUUUCCGAAAGAGCAAAAUAAGCCGGCCAAGGCGAGCAUCAGGUUAUCGGAUAUCAACGCCGUCUUUUCCGCCCACAAGACCCCCGGCAAUGCCAACACGCUCCAGCUGACGUAUCUGCAACCCGACGGGGUCACGCGGCACUUGUACGUGUACCACGACGACCCCGAGGAAGUGGUUCGGUGGUACCUGGCCAUUCGGAGUGCCAAGCUCAACCGGCUCUCGGUGGCGUAUCCCGGGGCCAGCAAGGUCCAGUUGGCGAGUCAUCUCACGCAGGACUUUCCCAUGGAGGGCUGGUUGUGGAAAGCUGGCCCGAAGUUUACCGAGUCUGCCCGGAAGCGCUGGUUCACUCUCGACAACCGGAAGCUCAUGUAUCACGAUUUUCCGUUGGCGGCGCAUCCGAGAGGAGAAAUAUUCCUGGGCCCGCAUUCGGACGGUUGGAGCGUGAGAGAUGGUACUGAUGGCGGCUCUGGCAGUAACGGGGCCAGGUUUCCGUUCACCCUGGAAACGCCUGCCAAGACCUGCGUAUUCUAUGCUGCUACCGUGAAAGAACGGGAUUCCUGGGUCGUCGUAAUCAAGGCCGUUCUAGAACGUCCCAUGACUCCUCAGGAUUCAUCUUGCAAUUUCUUGUUGAUGGCAUCUGCGGUGGCCAUGAUCCCGACAAAAGUUUCCUCGGAGACGGGUUUGAUCUGGGUUGCGCUCAAGAGGAACCCGUUGGCCCAAGAGUCGUGGGAUCCUGGAGGCAGUUCUAAGGUGAAGACAUAUGGAAUUUUGGCUGCUCCAUAUGCCCAGUCCAUGGAUGAACCACUGGCAGCGUCUGCAUAG